AUGUUCUCCUUCAAAGCCACCCUUGCUAUUUUCGCUUCCAUUGCUCUUCUCUCUGGAGGAUAUGGUCUGAAGCUUCCCGUUGAAGACAUUGGAGGAUCCGUUGGAAAUGUCAUCGGAAACGGAAAAGAAUGUGUCGGUGGAAUUGUGGAGAGCCUUCUUGGACAAAGUCAGGAAAUCAUUGAAAACCUUUUGGCUACUAUUGGAGGAGCACCAGGUGGAUUGGGACUUCCAAUCGUUGGAGAUAUCACAGAGCUUCCUGAUUUCCUUACCGAUUUCCUUGAGAAAAUUCCAAAGAAAUUGCUCCCGAAAGUUGUGAAAAUCCUCUCUGAUACUACGCUGACAGUUGAACAAGUAAUCGAAAAGCUCACAAAACUUUUGAAAGGAAAACUGGAUGAGAACCUCAUCGCGAAACUUCUCGCUUCCGUAGCCGAACUAGUCGAGAAACUGCUUGAUGGAAUUGCCAAAAUCCUCGGAAACCUUGGAAACGUAUUUGAGGACAUCAAGAAAAUUCUGGAUAACAAGAAUCAAAAAAUCGAGGAUCAGAAAGAAGCAAUCAAUAAAUUGAAGAAACAGUUCCCUAUUGAAGUCGACACAAUUUUCCACAUUGCUGCUCAAGUUGCUCUUUCUCUUCAAGGCAAUGGAACUGUUGAUCCAAAAGUUUCGGCAUAA